GGAAGGGCUAGACAAGAGAGAGAGCGAGCUCUCUACGCAGCCACAGCUCCUCCGCCAUUCAUCCAGGACGGUCCACCGAAACAAGGAGCACCAGACAACCUCGAAACCUCCGAAGAACCGUCGGCAGCUCGGCUCUCUCUUCCCCCCCACAGUUUCUCCGCAACGCUCCCACACACACCGCAUCGACAAUAUGCGUGAAAUCGUGCACCUGCAAGCCGGACAGUGCGGUAACCAGAUUGGAGCAAAGUUCUGGGAGGUGAUCAGUGAUGAGCACGGCAUCGACCCGACAGGGAGCUACCAUGGAGACAGUGACCUGCAGCUGGACAGAAUCAAUGUCUACUACAAUGAGGCUUCAGGUGGGAAGUACGUGCCCAGGGCCAUCUUAGUGGACCUGGAGCCAGGCACUAUGGACUCUGUUCGCUCUGGCCCCUUCGGACAGAUCUUCAGACCCGACAACUUUGUCUUUGGCCAGAGUGGAGCCGGUAACAACUGGGCAAAGGGCCACUACACAGAGGGAGCAGAGCUGGUGGACUCAGUGAUGGACGUGGUGAGGAAGGAGGCUGAGAGCUGCGACUGCCUGCAGGGUUUCCAGCUUACACACUCUCUGGGCGGUGGCACCGGCUCUGGUAUGGGAACUCUGCUCAUCAGCAAGAUCCGCGAGGAGUACCCCGACCGUAUCAUGAACACCUUCAGUGUGGUGCCCUCUCCUAAGGUGUCAGACACUGUGGUAGAACCCUACAACGCCACACUGUCCGUCCACCAGCUAGUAGAGAACACAGACGAGACUUACUGCAUCGACAACGAGGCCCUCUAUGACAUCUGCUUCCGCACCCUGAAACUCACCACACCCACUUACGGAGACCUCAACCACCUGGUGUCCGCCACCAUGAGCGGUGUGACAACCUGCCUGCGUUUCCCCGGCCAGCUCAACGCCGACCUCCGCAAACUGGCCGUCAACAUGGUGCCCUUCCCCCGCCUGCACUUCUUCAUGCCGGGCUUCGCCCCUCUCACCAGCAGAGGCAGCCAGCAGUACAGAGCCCUCUCUGUGCCCGAACUCACACAGCAGAUGUUCGAUGCCAAGAACAUGAUGGCCGCCUGCGACCCACGCCACGGCCGCUACCUAACCGUGGCUGCCGUGUUCCGCGGCCGCAUGUCCAUGAAGGAGGUGGACGAGCAAAUGCUGAACGUGCAGAACAAGAACAGCAGCUACUUCGUCGAAUGGAUCCCAAACAACGUCAAGACGGCCGUGUGCGACAUCCCGCCCCGUGGCCUCAAGAUGGCCGCCACCUUCAUCGGCAACAGCACGGCCAUCCAGGAGCUGUUCAAGCGCAUCUCCGAGCAGUUCACCGCCAUGUUCCGCCGCAAGGCCUUCCUCCAUUGGUACACCGGCGAGGGCAUGGACGAGAUGGAGUUCACAGAGGCGGAGAGCAACAUGAACGACUUGGUGUCCGAGUACCAGCAGUACCAGGACGCCACGGCUGAGGAGGGCGAGUUUGAGGAGGAGGGAGAAGAGGAGGUGGCCUGAGGCUAAAGUCAAACAUCAUUUCUCAACUGCACUCGUCACAACUCCAUCCAACCAUUCACUCCCGCUCUGCUCUUUCUCUGACUCCUCUAACCCUAAUGUUUCUGUUUGCCUCUCCUUUUUCCUCCACCCACAACACUUUAUUAACUCGCCGUGCUCCUAUAGACGUAGCUAACACAACUGUGCUUGUGGUCUUUUGUCAGUAGCUUUCUGUUUAAUGUUCAUUUAUUACCACCAGUCAAACAGAACCUGGGCCAAGUAUUCAAUAAAACCGUUCAGCUCACGCAAAUUUGAUCAUGUGUCUAAUUUGCCAUUGAUUGGAAUAAAUAUGAUGGAAACCUA